CACGGUCCGAAUAAAGAAAAAGAGAAAAGGGUGGAGCGUCCGACUAAAUUGAACAACACUUUGCAUCAUUACAACCUUCCCUACAAAGACAUCCACCGACAAAAGAUGUCUUACUUUCUCGUUCAUUUACAAUCCGGAUGGCAUGUCGAUCAAGCAAUACUAUCAGAAGAAGACCGUGUAGUCGUGAUCAGGUUCGGACAUGAUCAUGAUCCAACAUGUAUGGCAAUGGAUGAAACACUAUACAACAUUACUGAAAGGGUGAAAAAUUUCGCAGUAAUUUACGUUGUUGAUAUCACACAAGUACCUGAUUUCAAUAAAAUGUAUGAAUUGUACGAUCAAUGCUCGGUCAUGUUCUUCUUUCGUAAUAAACACAUCAUGAUCGAUUUGGGAACGGGAAAUAAUAACAAGAUCAAUUGGGCAAUCGAAAAUAAACAAGAAAUGAUUGAUAUAAUCGAAGUUGUUUAUCGUGGAGCAUCAAAAGGAAGAGGUUUAGUCAUGAGUCCAAAAGAUUACUCCACGCGGCAUAAUCGCUAAUCACGACAAACACUACCGCUGUACUACUACCACGCAUUUGUAUUCUACUGUCAAUCAAACUGUUUUUUCAAGAU